UCGCUUCAUUCGAAUCUCGCACUUCACUUUUCCUCAGUGGCGUUCGUAUAUUCCUCGCUCAUUUUGUUUUGAUGCCACAGUUAUUUUCUUCAACAAUGCAGUUUUCAUAAAUAAAAGAAGAGCCAGCACAUCAAUUUACGCGGUGUUUAAUACACGGGGUACACAAGCAGUUUUGUUCAGUGUCACAAAGCUAGGAAACAUCCGAUUGAGUGCGGCGCAAUGGAUUACGACGAAUCUACUACCAAAGGUAAGGGACGUGGCCGCAGUCGCGGCUCCCGAGGUGGAUCCCGCGGACGGGGUCGUGGCCGUGGAAGGGGACGUGCCAAGAAAGCUUCGCGAGUUAUUUCAUCCGAUGAGGAGGAGGAUGUUGAUUCUCCGGAGAAAGAUAUGGACGAACCGGCGGAAAUAGCUUCGCCACCUAAAGGUGGGCAGGAGGCGGAACCGCCGUCCGUUCAGGAACCAAGUAGCGAAAAAGAAGCACUGAUAGAGGAACCCUUGACAACAACCCCCGGUUCAGUGCCGAUUGUUAUCGACAUGGAAGCGGAUAUUUCCCAACUGGAGGCACCAACCUUUACGACGAUAUCUCGUGGACCACCGGAGCCGAUGUUGAGAUUAAACUGGGAUCACAAAGUGAAUCUUAUUGGAGAAAAGGUCCUCAAUCCAAUGAUUUACAUUUGUGAUCUGUGUGACAAACCCAUUCUAAUUUAUGGUCGCAUGAUUCCUUGCAAGCAUGUAUUUUGCCUGAAAUGUGCUCGAUCGGAAAACCUUAAGAUUUGUCCGCGCUGUAAAGAAAAGGCGGUUCGAGUGGAACAAACGGGUCUAGGAACGGUAUUUAUGUGCACCCACGGAGGAACCCGUUAUGGUAGCACAGGUUGUCGAAGAACUUACCUGUCGCAGAGGGAUUUGCAAGCGCACAUCAAUCAUAGACACGUGACAAACCCACCGCAACCGGUUCCACCGCCGCAAAUUGCAAUCAUACAACCAGCUGGCGGUCAAGUGCUUGAUGGAAAGAAUCCAUCCGGAAUAGGAAAGUCUCCUGUGCGGAAAAAUUCCUGCGAUCAGAUGAAUUCUCCACGAGCGUCCACCGGAGGCCAAGGGCCACUGUCCAUGACCUACGUUAGCAGCUCCUAUGGGGUUUCGACUGCCGCAACUCAACUGAUUCAUAACAUGACGAUCAGUCCUCAAACUGCCCAUUUAUCUGAAAGAUCUAGCUACACGCAGCAGUCGUCUCCGCGACACUCGAGCACAACGUCCUGGGGUCAGCAAUCACAAUACUACCGAUAAUAGUUGGUAAUGCUGUCGAGAGAGAGAAAAAUGGUAAACCUUUCCAAUGGCGAUUUGUGUGUUUCGAUUGUGCGCCCACUGUCAAGUACUGUAACGAUUAAAAACUACAACCACUCUUCAUAGUAUUUGUAUCAUUACAGUUAAGAAUAAAUUUUUAGUAGGACAAACA